UAUUGGACACAAUUUAAGUUGCUCACUUCCCGUUUUUUUUUUUCUUUCGUUUAAUCGUUUUGUAGAGUAGUUUAAUGCAACCGCAAUCCGUCCGAAAACUCAAAAAAUGUCCCGUAAAACGAAUUUUUUACAUAUUAAUUCAAAAAUAGCUUAAAAACGCGAAAGAAAAGAUGGAAUUCAAGGACCAACGUUUUAAAAGUAACUCGUCAAACGUAAGUUUAGAAAAUGAAAGUGGAGAUUUAGAAAAAGACACGUGCUCUGGGGCCACGGUACGAAUAGAAGAUAUCGAAGACGAUUCGGAGAAAUCCACUUUCGAUCGACUCGAUCUGACUUUAAUCAUCAUAUGCAUCUGUAGUUAUAUAUUCGACACCUCCACCGAUAUUUACGUGGCCUAUCGUCAUUAUUACGAUGGAAACGAAUGGUACUGCGGCCUAACUUCAGUUUUCAUAAUAAUUCCAUUAUUGACAAUGACUGGAUUCAGCCUAAGAUGGUAUUUGCUGGAUACUGAACUUCCUGGUGCUCCUCAAGUUUCUCAACUGAGAUGGACGUUUCGAAUUAUUUUUCUCCUUUUACAGCUUGGACCUAUUCUCAGAUAUAUUGAUGUUAUUUAUUAUGGUUUAAAAAGUAAUAAUAAAGCUAAAAGUAAAAGAAAUAGGGAAACUUAUGCUUGGCAAAUGAUAUAUGAAGAUACGGAUGCCGCUUUAUUAAGGUUGUUUGAAUCUUUUAUGGAAGCCGGUCCACAACUUAUUCUUCAGUUAUAUAUAUUAGCAAAAAAUACUACUACAGAUGAUUAUGAAAUGAAAACAGUUGUAGUUCAAAUUCUUUCGAUAUUUGCAUCGCUGACAUCUGUUUCGUGGGCUCUUGCCGUAUAUCAAAGAGCUUUGCGGAUGUCUCUUCCAGAUAAGUUCAAUAUGAGUUGGAAAGGAACCACCAUUCAUAUGUUUUGGCAUUAUUUCAUCAUUGCUUCUCGGGUCCUUACCCUUGCAUUGUUUGCUUCGUAUUCUCCACUUAUCAUGUCAAUUGUUUGUGCAACUCAUUGGUGUAUUAUGACUGCUUGGAUUAUAACUAUGAAAACAAAUUUUUGUGAUACCAGAUGUGAGGAAUUAGCAUAUAAUGCUGUUUUGGGAGUGCUGUUCAUCUUUUGUUACUUCAAUCCUAAAGAUUCACCAACUCGACACAGAUAUCUAUUUUAUUACGUGUUUAUCUUUGCAGAAAAUACUAUAUUAAUGACAAUUUGGUUUAAUUACACACAGAAGACUUGGUUUCACUUUCCUGCCAUGAUUAUUCAGUUUUUAAGUUUUGUAAUUGGAAUAAUUUUUAUGAUUGUUUAUUAUCUUCUUUUUCAUCCUACGGGAAACAUUCAUUGGUAUGGAACCUGGUUCAUAUUUAGUUAUUAUCCAAAGAACUCUCAAGAAAAUCAAGUCAAUAAUACAUUAUCGAUACAAUUCAUUCCAAAAGAGGAUGCUACGAAUGAGAGAAAAGACGAAGCGAUGAAGAUAGAUUCGUUGAAAUUGUAACUUUUUAAUAUGUAAUAUGGGUUGUAGUCUAGUCAUUUUCUAAAAUUGAUUGUAUAAAUUUCUUAAAAGAUAUUUUAAUACAUCCUUGAAUGGAAAAAUGUUGAAUUUUUUAUAUAUAUAUAUAGAAUUUAGAUUAUAUUUAUUAAAUGGAUAUAUAUUACUCAGUUAUAUAAAUCAGAUAUUAAAAAAUAUAAUUUAAAAUCAUAUUUUAUUAUCUUUUAGAUGCAUUGCCUAGUGAAGUGGCUUUAAUAUGGCUGGAUUAGCAAGUCAAUGACUGCUCGUUUCGUUCAAAGCGGGCUAAGUCAUUGGCUUGCUGGUCUGGCCAUAUCAAAGCCACUUCACCAGGCAACGCAUCAUCCUUCAUUAGUAUAAUUCUGCUAAAUUUUAUCUUGUUAGUUUAUUUAUAUAUAUAAUUUUAUUGUAGAAUUAAUUCAAGUUUUAUUCUUAAGAUAUUUUUGGUUCAUAUUUCGAAACCGUGUUGUAUCUUUAUAUUAGUUUUUCAAAACCACAAUGCCAAGUGUUGAUUAUUACGCUGCAUUGUGGUUUUGGAAAACUAAUAUUUUUGGUUCGUUUACAUUAAGAAUCCAUCUGCUAAUCCAUUUAAAAGUCAAACUUUAAAAACAUAUUAGAUUUAAAUGGUGCAGACUGUUUUAAAGGAAUCAAUACAAAACUGUGUUUUUCAGAAUUAUUUUAGCAUCUUGAUAGUCAUUAACAACAUUACAUACUAGUGAUUUGAGAAAUUUAUACACGAACAUUGUUGAAGUUCAUUUUUAAAAUGGUAAGUUUUAUGUGAAAUGCACUAAACAGUUCACAAAGCUAAUUUUACAUCGUAAUUAAUUGAAACGACUUGUUAAAUGUGUGGAUGAUGAUAAGAAUUUGAACUUGUUUUUAUUUAUAAAUUGGAUAAAUAGUGCAUGCUUUUUCUAUUAUCGGGUAAAAAUUUUGAUAUUGUAAUGAUAAAGAAGCAAAACAUUCGGAGCUUGAAUUAGAAAAUGAUCAUUAACUUUAAGCUCCAAACAUUUGCUGUGUAAUAAUUAAGUUUGGACUUUAACACUAAAAAUAGAUUUGUCAGCUCAAAUAAUUCUUUGAUUUUUCAGCCACUAAUAAAAACUGUUUUAUAUUAUUUAGAAAGGAAGAUUUUUAGAACGAUGACUAUGUAUGAUUAAAAGUCUCUUUUAAUAUCAUAUGGACCGUUUAUUUUGAAAGUGGUGUAAGUCCAUUUUUUCUUCUUUCGAGAUAUUUAAACAUUUGCAUUUUAGUUGAAUCAAAAAUAUAAAUAAAGUGUACUAAGUUUGACAAUGU